AUAAUGUAAAAUAGUAGAAUAUGUAUAAUAUAUAGUAGAAAAGAGUUGAGAUGAGUACUUUAAAGGCCGCGAGAGCGGAUAAUUUUUACUUUCCGCCAGAUCAGGAAGAUGUUGGCAAAAAGUUUAAAAAACGACGGUUUAGCAAUAGAAGAGAUGGAUAUGGUGAAAGAAGAGGCCCUAUUAUCCGGUUCGAGAUGCCUUUUAAGGUUAUUUGCCUGGAUUGUGGCGCAUAUAUCGCAAAAGGUGUCAGAUUUGACGCUGAGAAGAAGUGUGUUGGAAAGUACUAUACCACCGACAUUUACGCCUUUAAAAUGUCCUGCUUCAAAUGUUUCAGACCAAUUGUGAUACAAACUGACCCUGAACAUACGGAUUACAUUUGCAAAGAAGGUGUUAGGAAGAAGAUUGAGCUUAGAGAUGAGUCUCGAGAGGAUGUAAUUACUGUUGGUAAAGAUAAUGAAAUGAGAGAUAAUGCUCUAUACAUUUUAGAAAAGAGAGCUGAAGAAACACAAACCCAUAUAGCUAAACCGGUGACUGAGGAGGUUCAAAAUGAUGUCCGUAAUGAUACAAAUGAGUUAAUUGAUGAUAGGAAACAAAUAGAGUAUUUGGAAGACUUGAGUGAAUCCCGAAGUAAAGAUUCGUAUUUAGCAAAUUGUGCUCUUAGAAGACGGUUUCGAACCCAAAAAAAGUUAUUAGAAAAGGAAAAACACACUAAUUUCUCACUUCCACUUCUUAAGCCAACAGCUGAAGAUUUGGAAGAAACUAAGAAAAUAACCUUUAUAACAGAGUCCAAGAAGCUGAGAUCACACUUCAAGAGACUCGUGGGUAACGACGAUAUAUUUUCCAAAGGCUCUGUCAAAACCAGCUCUACAAUCUCAGUUCCAAACUCUCUAGAAUCUAAAAAGAAGAAGUUGCAAUUUAUCAAAUUCCUCGAUUCCAAAUCCAAACACAGAUGACACAAUUUCAAUUAUUUUAAUUUUUCAAACUAUUUUUAAUAAGAUUUUAAACCAUUAUUUUAAUUUUAACUUGUAUUUUUAAUUUUUUAAAUAUUUUUUUAAUUUUUAAAUUGUAAAAUAGCUGGAUUUGGUCCUAAUUAUUGAAGACCAGAUUAUACGCAAAAUAUGGCUUAAUUUUAGCUAAAAAAUUAAAAAUUGUAAAAUACUAUUAAUAAUUUAUCUUAAAACACUUAAUUUUACUAAUAUUAGUAGGGAAUGAUAAUAAAUUUUCUAUGAAGAACUGGAUAUUAUGA